AUAAUUUUAGACAUGGGUUGAUAAGAAGAGAAGCGUACUUGAGAAAAAAAGGGACUACGAAAACGGUCUCGAGGUGGAGUUGGAUGCUUUGGACUUGAAAGUCCUGAAAGCAUUGGGGCUUGCAGUAGAUGAGACUAAAAGAAGCCAAGCUGCACGUAACUCUCCAGAAGCCAGUUGCUCUUGGGCAGACUUAGAUUUCACAACUAACUCAACAAAAGGCAAAAACAAAUGUCAACAAAAAAAAACACUGCACCGAAGAAAAAGCGAGAUGAAGAUUCAAGUUCAGCUCUUGCUGCACACAAUGAAUAUGUGACAAAUAUAUCUGAGAUUUUGAAGUCUGUAGCGCGAAACCAACUUGAUGAAAUGAGAGUUAUGUGCGAAAACCACCGUCGUACAAAUUCAUUGCUCGAGGAACUCAUCUUAAUACUAAAAAACUAUUUUGCUGUCAAUCCUAUAUCUUCUACAUUAAAUCAAGAAAGUUCUGUUCAACAUGAAUCAGUUGAAGGUAUUGAGAGAGUCGAAGAUGAUAUUCAACCUAUGAGAUCGCCAUCUCCAACCAAUCCUGCCCAUCCCAGAUAACAGCGUGCUCUGAGAAUGCUGAAAACGUGCCGGCACGAAAUGGGCACGCAUGACGGUCCACUUGCAUCCGCACAUGAAAGUCAUAUGACGAGCAUAUGACCGAGCAUUUUGCUUGCUUCCGUGGUGGAUCUGUCCAGCACGGGUGCCGAUAAAAUGCGAGCAUAAUGCCGUUCGUAUGCAGGCAUUUUGCGCGCAUGUUCCCGAUUUCGUGGACGCGUAUUUUUCGCA